CUUAAUUUAAUAAUAAAUGAAUGUAUAAUUGAACGAUAGGCAUAUUACAUAAUUAGAGGAAUUAGAAUCUUUAAAAGGAAAGUUGCAAUGUCCGUCACAUAGAUCUCGUAAUCUUUCAUCAGAUAGAUAAUACACACCCUCUUUAACAAAUGAUUUUAGAAGCACAAGAAAUAGUGAUUAAUAGAAGGAUUCUUAAUCAGUUGAAAAAUGUAUUUGAUUGAAAUAACAAUUAGUUUUGAAUCUCAAAUAGUAAAAUUAGAAUGUUAAUAAUCUAUCUCAAUUAUGGAAAUAAUAAAAGUAGUGCAUAUCACUUACUUAAAGCUUGCAUGCGCAAAAUUUAACAUGUAUAUUCGAUUAAUGUAUAUUUUAGAAGAAAAAUAAGAGGUUGAAUAGUAAGUACCUAAGUAUACUCAUUUAGUAAUAGAAGAAGAAGAAAAUUUAACUACUGAAUAAGAUCUUACUAAAAACAAAGGAGUUUAGGCAGCCAAUAAUGUAAGAGUUAAUGGCAAAUUUCCUGUUACAACAAAAUAAGGAGGAUAAAAAAAAAAUUAAUAAUAAGUUCAGAACAUUUAGACUAGUAAUAAUUAAGGAUAAAAUAAAAAAAUAAAUAGUAAUUAUAACACUAAUAAUAAUACCAUUCGUCCCCAAACUACAAAAUCUUAAGUAUAAGUACCUUAAACGCCUUUAACAUAAAAAAAAACUGUUUAAAAAAGUAACACAAAGUCUUUUUAAGAUCCAUUUUUAGAUGGUAUGUGAAUUAAUAAAUUAGUACCAUAAACUCCAUCUUAAAAAUAAAAAUAAAAUUCCUUAUUAGAAAAAACUAGAUAAGGAAAGGCAAAUCAAGCAAUAAAUAAAGUUAUUACUAAAAAAAUUCCAGAUGAAGAUGAAAAAAAUUUAGUUUCUUAAUUAGCAAGAUUAAAAGAAAGUGUGACAAAGUUAUAUGAUAAUAGAUUUGAGAAAUAACUAGGUCAUUCUUCUUAAUUUAUUGAAAAGUAACCAAUUUAUGUUUAUUUAGAAAUUUUGAUUAAAUAAUCAACACACUUAAAUUGGAUUUUAGAUACCUUGAAAAUGAUAUGUGA